AUGCUCACCGGGUUCGAUUACGGUGCACUUGGCGUCGAAUUGAUUAUACUUUACCUCGCUUUGAUUACGCUGAAGCGGCUGUUGAGGCAGAAGGAGAAAACUCCCAUCUGCUAUGCAAAUCGUGUGCUCAUCGUUGCUGAUCUGGCAAACCUGAUCUCCCGCGGGCUCCACGACGGCCUCGACAAAUUCUUUGAGGAUGAAGUAUUUGGCUCCUUCGGUGCUUCCAUCUUCCUUUUCGGGAUUACCUGGCGCUACGCGAUCGCGCUCUAUAUGUUCUUCCUGAUUUCCGUGCUCCAUUUGAUGGCCAUCCAUCGACCGACCGCCUAUCGUAAUAUCGAUUUUCCACGUGCCAUGCUUGCCAUUUGUCUUACUCUUGCUGCCGCGCUGGCCCACGCAUCGAAUAACUUCUUCGGAUGUGCCUGUCUCUCCUAUAAUAUAGCCACCCAAAGCUAUACCAUUCUGCCGGUUAACUUUCAGAUGCAAAUCGUUGUCGAUGUCUGGGACAAGAUUGUCAAGGCCGCCAUGAUCACCCUACUGAUCAUCACCGACUUUCUGAUCGUGCACAAGUGGUACAGCAUCAAAAUCGCUCGCAAUGCUGCUAGAAGAGCCGCGAAAAUCUCGACUGAAGCCUCGCUACCCGGGCAGGCGUCGCCAAACGUCCUGGUACUUACUCAACCAAGGAAAGCUACGACUGCGCUGGCGCUAGAUAAACGACUAGCCCUCGGCUUCGUCUUUAUCACCGUCGCCCUGAUUUAUAAUGCGUUCGUUUUCCGACUGAACGCUCUG